UACAGUUCAAUAUGUUUUAUAUUUUACUUCAAUAAAUGAAAAAAAAAGUAUUUUAUUUUAAAUAAAAUAUUUGAAAUACUACCCAGGCCUAGUUUCUAAGCAACAAUAUCUUCUUUUUAUCUAUGAUUGUUCUUCGACUUGGAUUUUUUUUCUUUGGGAUCUCCCAAACUUGCCAAGAUAGUAGAUAGUAAGUACCUUUGCCUUACUGAUAGCAGUACGUUGUGCCAUGUUGAGCAACACAAGAAAGAGGAGGGGGCUAUAUAAGAAAAGCCGAGGUAGUACCUGGCUUAGUACGCGAUAGGACCUCUUGCUAACAUUCCUCACGUCAAGAUGGCCAAGAACAGAAGAUUCAUCCUGAGUAAGAAGUUCGAAGGGGACCCGAAGCAGACGGACUUCAGCCUUGUCGAAGUGCCCAUUCCGCAAGUCAAGGAUAAGGAAGUUCAUUUUGAAGCAAUAGCCAUAAGCGUUGAUCCAUAUAUGAGGGCACUAGCUCAUUUUGCUGAACCAGGGAUUACUAUGUUUGGAGAAGUUGUCUCAAAAGUUGUUGAGUCCCGCCACCCUGAUUAUAAAGUGGGUGAUUUAGCGGUUGGAUAUUUUGGUUGGCAAACUCAUUAUGUUGGUGUGCCAGAGGAAGUUGACUCGCCAUUUGGUGGUAAAAGGAAACCUUACGUUCUGCCGGACCUUCACGGCCUGCCCCCAUCAUUGGGUCUUGGAAUGCUGGGAAUGCCUGGGAAUUCAGCUUAUUUUGGUUUUACUGAGAUAUGCGAUCCAAAACCUGGAAAAACUCUUGUUAUAAGUGGUGCGGCUGGUGCUGUAGGAUCCCACGUAGGACAGAUUGGAAAAAUUUUAGGUUGCAAGGUCAUUGGUUUUGCUGGUUCUGACGACAAAGUUGCUUACCUUCAAAAAGAAUUAAAAUUUGAUUUUGCUUUUAAUUAUAAGAAAACAAGCGUUUCAGAGGCUUUGAAAAUUGCAGCACCUGAAGGAGUUGAUUACUACUUUGAUAAUGUAGGAGGUACAAUGAGUAGUCAAGUUCUUAGUGCUAUGAAUGAAUUUGGAAGGGCCGCUUUAUGUGGAGCAGUUGCGAUUUAUAACCAAAACCCUGGAGAUCCUCCUUUAGCCCCUGCAGUUCAAUUAACUAUGAUUCUGAAGCAGAUCCGAAUGGAAGGGUUUCUAGUUUUUAGAUGGCUUGACAGAUGGUUUGAAGGAAUUAAUAAAAAUCUUGAGUGGAUAAGAGAGGGAAAGUUAAUCUACAAAGAACAUGCUACAAAAGGCUUUGAGAAAACAGCUCAAGCAUUCAUAGGGAUGAUGAAAGGUGACAAUACUGGGAAAGCAGUCGUGCUUGUAUGAAAAUAUUAAAAAUUGUUUCCUUUAUUCUUCACUAUCAAAAUUAUGUUUCUGAUGAUAUUAUUUUGCCUUAUUGUCAUUUUUAAAAAAUAAAGUAUUCUUACUAACUAGUCAUUCAUUAGAUUUUAAUGAAAUUCUAUUAAUUUUCAUCCUUUUUAGAAACAUUGUUAUAUAUUUUGGAAAAAGGUACUUAUUUAACCAAAUACUUUAAUUCAAAUCAUUGCUUGAGUAGAGAAAUAAAUAUUAUCAUUAGAUAUCCAAUAAAUCAAAUAUGAUAAUUUGUUAUGAAGUUCAAUAAACAAUCUUAUGGAUAUUGUAUUUAAUGUUUUUUUAAUGAUUAAAAUAACUCUACCUAGUUUUUCUUUAACUAUUGAAACGAAUUUGGCUGAAUGUUUACAUUUUGACUGGAUUCAAGUUUAUAAUCUUACUUCCAAUCAUCCUAUAGUACUAUAAACCAGUUAUAAGAAAGAAAAAUGAAAAAUAAUACUUGGGUAACUGAAAACCUACUUUAAAAAGUAAUUCAUAAUCUCCAAAAAUUUCAGCUAUAAAUCUUAAUAUUAAAC